GUGCGGGAGAUUGCACACGAUAUGACGACAGAUCUCAACGGCAGAGGGAACGAGGACCUGCGGUGGCAGAGGGAGGCCAUGGACGCGGUGCAGGAGGCAGCGGAGGUCUUCCUGAUCGAGUUGCUCGAAGACGCCCAAAUUUGCGCCUUGCACGCUCGACGCGUUACCGUCCGAGUUGCGGACAUCCAGCUCGCCCGCAGGCUGAGGGGGUGGCGAAGGGCUUCUUGA